GAGGCAGUAAUAAACGAUCGUAGAGGUGGCAAUGGCAAUUUGGCGUAUCGGCUUUUGCGUUGUCGUCGUGUUCCUGGACGUUUGGCCGCGUCCGGUGAAUUGAUUAGCCUCCUUGGUUUGCGCGACGGCGCAACCAAUACUCUUUUUUUUUUUUCUCUCGUUGUAGAGAGCGGAGGAGAAGCGGCGCCGGGCCGGGCCGGCGGCUUAAGCUGGCGCCGCCAUCUCCUUCCAUGGAAGUCGCUCCCGUGCGGGGGGCAGCCCCCGAGAUAGAGAAGUGCGACGCCGGCGACGACGUGGAGUCGGACCACGCUGCCGGCGCCGAGGCCGAGCGGGUGCGGCGGGAGGAGCGCGCUCGGGUGCCGCCGUGGUGGGAGCAGGUGACGGCGCGGGGGCUGGUGGCGGCGCUGCUCAUCGGCUUCGUCUACACCGUCAUCAUCAUGAAGCUGGCGCUCACCACGGGGAUCAUCCCCACGCUCAACGUCUCCGCCGCGCUGCUCGCCUUCCUCGCGCUCCGUGGGUGGACGCGCGCGCCAGGCCUCCUCACCGGCGGCGGUCGGGGCGCCGCGUCCCGGCGCCCCUUCACACGCCAGGAGAACACCGUCGUCCAGACCUGCGCCGUCGCCUGCUACACCAUGGGAUUCGGCGGUGGGUUCGGGUCGUCGCUGCUGGCUCUGAACAAGAAGACGUACGAGUUGGCCGGAGUGAGCACGCCGGGCAACUCAACGGCGAGCUACAAGGAGCCCGGGGUUGGGUGGAUGACCGGAUUCCUAUUUGCGAUAAGCUUCGUUGGCCUCCUUAACUUGCUUCCGCUCAGAAAGGCUUUGAUCAUUGAUUAUAAGUUAACCUAUCCAAGUGGGACUGCAACCGCUGUUCUUAUAAACGGAUUCCAUACCCCCCAAGGAGAAAACAAUGCAAAGAAGCAAGUCCGCGGAUUUCUGAAUUGCUUUGGGAUGAGCCUCCUAUGGAGCUUCUUUCAGUGGUUCUACACUGGUGGAGAGAGUUGUGGGUUUCUUCAGUUCCCUACCUUUGGUCUAAAGGCUUGGAAACAAACCUUCUAUUUUGAUUUUAGUCUCACAUAUGUUGGUGCGGGGAUGAUCUGCUCACACCUUGUAAACCUCUCCGCCCUCUUUGGCGCAAUACUUUCUUGGGGGAUAAUGUGGCCACUGAUCAGUAAACAAAAGGGUAACUGGUAUCCUGGUAAUGUACCAGAAAGCAGCAUGUUAAGCUUGUUUGGAUACAAGUCCUUCAUGUGUGUAGCUUUGAUCAUGGGGGAUGGCCUUUACCACUUCAUAAAAGUAACAGGUAUCACUGCCAAGAACCUGCAUGAACAGUCCAAUCGCAGACAUGUUAAGAAAGCGACAAAUGAGGAUACAUUUGUAAUUGAUGAUAUGCAUCGUGAUGAGUUCUUCAAUAAAGACUACAUUCCAAACUGGCUAGCGUAUGCUGGAUAUGCCUUAUUGAGCAUCAUUGCGAUAAUUGCCAUACCCGUACUUUUCCGACAGGUUAAGUGGUACUAUGUUGUUGUGGCCUAUGUACUUGCUCCUGUGCUGGGGUUUUCCAAUGCCUAUGGAACUGGUCUCACUGACAUGAACAUGAGCUACAAUUAUGGCAAGAUUGCUCUCUUCAUCUUUGCAGCAUGGGGAGGGAAGGACAACGGUGUCAUUGCCGGUCUCGUUGGUUGUGGGGUAGUGAAGCAGCUAGUACAAGUUUCUGCUGAUUUGAUGCACGACUUCAAGACGGGUCAUCUGACAUUAACAUCACCAAGAUCCAUGCUUGUUGGGCAGGCCAUUGGUACAGCCAUGGGCUGCAUAAUCGCUCCACUCACUUUCUUGCUCUUCUACAAAUCAUUUGAUAUUGGGAAUCCUGAUGGAUACUGGAAGGCUCCAUAUGCCCUGAUAUUUCGGAACAUGGCUAUUCUUGGUGUCGAGGGCUUUUCUGCACUACCAAAGCAUUGUCUUGAGCUGUCUUCUGGCUUCUUUGCAUUUUCUGUGCUCAUCAAUCUUAUGAGGGACUUCUUGCCACGCAAGUACAGGGAUUAUGUGCCCCUGCCAAUGGCAAUGGCUGUGCCAUUCCUUGUUGGUGCAAACUUUGCUAUCGACAUGUCUGUGGGAAGCUUGAUAGUCUUUGCGUGGCACAAGAUCAACAGCAAGGAGGCUGGGUUGCUAGUGCCAGCAGUUGCAUCUGGUUUUAUAUGUGGAGACGGUAUAUGGACGUUCCCUUCUUCCCUGCUUUCUCUUGCUAAGAUUAAGCCACCAAUCUGCAUGAAGUUCACGCCCAGAAGCUAGGAAAACAGUUGUUUCCUGGACCUUCAUGAUAAUGGAUAAGCCGGCCCAUGUAUUUAGGAUGCACAGAGCAAGAAUCAAUUAUUACAAUAGUUUCACGCCAUUUUGGAUAGAUGGAUACGCAGAAGUUCAGAAAGUAUUAAGGAGACACCAUUUUGUAGGUUAUCUGUUGGUGUCUUGAAAAUCAUUUUUUUCUCUGUAUUUCCAGAGGGAGGUGGUUCUCCAGACUGCUGUUAUCGGUUGUGUAUUGUGUGUAGUUCUUCAACAUUUUGAUGGAUAAAUAUGAACAACGUUUGUCAUCGUAUAGAGUACUGCUGCCCAACCUCCUGUGUUUACAUAUUUUAGUAUGCUUUUCUUAGACAGGUAGAGUACUACAACUCUGUCCAACAAUAGUGUGGUUUCACAUGUCAGCAUGCAGUACUGCAGAGGAUUUCGUUCCGUCAUAUGACGUUUAUUA